CUCCACCAAAAUGGUAUCUAAAAUAGCCAUACCACUCAUUUUUCUAGCCGUGGUCUACCUCGCUAGAACAACGAUCGCCACCGGUGUCAACCCGUCAUCAAGCUUCAUCAAGUCUUCAUGCGCGACCGUUAGGUACCCCGCCUUAUGUGAAGAGUCACUUUCCCCUUUCGCAAAAACUAUCCAAAACAGCCCGGCCCAAUUAGCCCACACCGCGUUGGCAGUGAGCCUUAAACAAUCCCAGUCCACUCAAGACUACCUAAACAAGCUAAAAAGGUUUAAAGGGUUGACGCCCCGCGAACGGUCCGCCAUUGGAGAUUGUUUGGAAAUAGUGAGUGAUAGUUUGGGCCGGGUCAGCAAGUCUAUGAAGGAGCUCAAGAAUUGUGAACGUGCCAAGGGUCAGCAGUUCCUCUGGCACAUGAAUAAUGUUCAAACAUGGGUUAGCUCUGCAUUGACUGAUGAGAACACGUGUACGGAUGGGUUCGGUGGUCGGGUCAUGGAGAGUCGGAUCAAAACUUCGGUUCGUGCUCAAAUUGCUAGUAUUGCACAGGUUACUAGCAACGCUCUAGCACUUGUUAACAACUAUGCCCAAAAGCAUUAGUUGAUGAUAUGUGGGCUCUAGUGUACCAUCAUACAAAUGAACCUAUUGUGUUAUAAUUACCAGCUCUGCUAAAUUCGGGCCGGGUUGGGUCGGGUCUGUUUAAUUUUAUUGAUAUAAAAUUGUAUAAAUACGAUAUAUGUGUUUUUUUUA